AUGCCUCCUUAUAAUCUUCUUGUGAAUCAAGAAAAUUUGAUUCCUCAAUCUUUGUCUUUGAACAUUCUUUCGGUCUCUCAGAAUCCUUCGACUUCUUAUAUUCCUUCGGUUUCUCAUGAUCCUUCGACUUCUAAUAUUCCUUUGAUUUCAAAUAAUCCUUUGACUUCUCAGAUUUUUUCGACAACUCAUAUUCCUUCGAAUUCUCAUAUUCUUUUGACUUCUCAUGAUCCUUCGAAUACUAGGGUUUCAGCGAUUGGUCAUGUUCUCUUGACUGAGCAAAAUUCUAUUCAAGAAAAUAUGCAAACUUGUAAUUCUCUUGUGUCUAAUCCUAAAUCUGUGAAAUUAUCUUCUAUUCCGAAAUCUGAUUUAGCAAAGUCUUGA